UUUUGCCACCUCUGAAAAAGGGGAAGUAACUCAAAACCACCUCCUGGAUGCUUUUGAAGCUAAGUGCAUGAUGCCCAGAGACAGCAAAUGUCCAACAGCAGCUCCAUCAGCCACUUCCUCCUGCUGCCAUUGGCAGACACGAGGCAGCUGCAGCUCCUGCACUUCUGCCUCUUCCUGACACAGGAACCCUCUGGCUGCAGGAGAAUGCAGCUGCAGCUUCUGCAGUGAUGUCCUAAAGCUAGAACAUAGCAAUGCCUACAGACUAUCCUCAUGCCAAGACACAGCAAAUGUCCAACAGCAGCUCCAUCAGCCACUUCCUCCUGCUGCCAUUGGCAGACACACGGCAGCUGCAGCUCCUGCACUUCUGCCUCUUCCUGGGCAUCUCCCUGGCUGCCCUCCUGGGCAACGGCCUCAUCAUCAGCGCCGUAGCCUGCGGCCACCACCUGCACACCCCCAUGUUCUUCUUCCUGCUCAACCUGGCCCUCACUGACCUGGGCUGCAUCUGCACCACUGUGCCCCAAGCCAUGCACAAUUCUGUCUGGGACACCAGGAACAUCUCCUAUGAAGGAUGUGCUGCACAGCUCUUUUUCUUUCUGUUCUUCAUAUCAGCAGAGUAUUAUCUCCUGACCAUCAUGUGCUACGACCGCUACGUGUCCAUCUGCAAACCCCUGCACUACGGGACCCUCCUGGGCAGCAGAGCUUGUGCUCACAUGGCAGCAGCUGCCUGGGCCAGUGGCUUUCUCCAUGCUCUGCUGCAAACAGCCAAUACAUUUUCUCUGCCCCUGUGUCAUGGCAAUGCCCUGGGCCAGUUCUUCUGCGAAGUACCCCAGAUCCUCAAACUCUCCUGCUCCCAGUCUAACUCCCUCAGGGAACUUGGACUCAUUGCAGUUAGUGCUUGUUUAGCACUUGGUUGUUUUGUGUUCAUUGUUUUCUCCUAUGUGCAGAUUUUCAGGGCUGUGCCGAGAAUCCCCUCUGAGCAGAGACAGCACAAAGCCUUUUCCACCUGCCUCCCUCACCUGUCUGUGGUCUCCCUGUUUAUUAGCUCUGGCACAUUUUCCUACCUGAAGCCCCCCUCCAUCUCCUCCCCAUCCCUGGAUCUGGCCCUGUCAGUUCUGUACUUGGUGGUGCCUCCAGCCCUGAACCCCCUCAUCUACAGCCUGAGGAACCAGGAGCUCAAGGCUGCAGUGUGGAGACUCAUGAUGGGAUUGUUUAACAAACAGUAA